CUGCCGGACCGACGCUCCCCAGCCUGAAACAGGGUCAUCCGAUAUACCCAGCAGCAGGUGCAGCGAAAGGAGUUUGCCAACAGAACUGUGAGGACCCCAGGAAUCCAGCACCAGCAACUCUCCUCUUGCAGCCAUGGCCGCCGCCGUUGCCAGCCGUGCUAUCCUCGCCGCCCCUGCUGUUGCCUUGUCCAAGGCACAGAGCAAGAGGGCUUUCUUUGGCAACAUCGCCGGCCUGGCCCCUGUUGCCCGCCGUGCUGCCCCUGUCGUGAAGACUCUUGCCGUCAAGGCCGAGCAGAACUACCAAGUCAUUGAGCCCCUCAAUGGCGACCCCUUCGUCGGUGGGCUCGAGACCCCCGUCACCUCUGCUCCCCUGGUUGCCUGGUUCCUGUCCAACCUCCCCGGCUACCGCACUGGUGUGAACCCCCUCCUCCGCGGUGUUGAGGUCGGCCUCGCCCACGGCUACCUCCUCGUCGGCCCCUUCGUCUGCACUGGUCCUCUCCGCGGCACUGAGGCUGGCCCACUCGCGGGCACCCUUGGCGCUGCCGCUCUGGUGACCAUCCUGUCCAUGUGCCUGACCGUGUACGGCAUUGCCUCGUUCAAGGAGGGUGCUCCCUCUACCGGGUCCACCCUGACCCUCAGUGGCCGCUCGAAGGAGGCUGACAAGCUCCAGACUGCUGACGGCUGGGCUUCGUUCGCUGGCGGCUUCUUCUUCGGUGGCCUGUCUGGUGUUGCCUGGGCAUACAUCCUCCUCUACGUUCUGGACCUGCCCUACUACGUCAAGUAAAUGAUUUCAGUAUGCUGGAACAUACUUUGUAUUUACCAGUGAAUACAGAAGGUUUUAUCAUUGUACCCUAAUGCAAAACAAAGACUGGAAUCUUAA